GCCGCGUGCUCCACCCACCAGACCAGCAGAAUUUACUCUGGUGGCUUGAGUUGCCAGGAGAACUGAAGUAGUGAGUAGCUAGUGACAGGGACGAUAUGGCGCCGGCGGAAGGGAACGUGAGCAGGAAGACGGCGUGCGUCACCGGAGGCAGUGGGUACAUCGCGUCGGCGCUCGUCAAGAUGCUGCUGGAGAAGGGCUACGCCGUGAAGACCACCGCCAGGAACCCCGAUGACGCGGAGAAGACCGCGCAUCUUAAGGCCUUGGCGGCGCUCGGCCCCUUGGAGGUCUUCCGCGCCGACCUGAACGAGGAGGGCAGCUUCGACGACGCCGUCGCCGGCUGUGACUAUGCCUUCCUCGUCGCCGCUCCGGUGACCCUCUUGCCGGAGAACCCUGAGGAAGAAGUGAUCCAGCCGGCGAUUCAGGGAACCCUGAACGUGAUGAGGUCGUGCGUGAAGGCGGGGACGGUGAAGCGCGUGGUCCUGACGUCGUCGACGGCCGCCAUCUCCAGCCGGCCGCUGGAAGGUGACGGCCAUGUCCUGGACGAGGAAUCCUGGUCCGACGUGGAGUACCUCAGGGCCAACAAGAUCGGUACUUGGGCGUACCCUGCCUCGAAGGUGCUCGCGGAGAAGGCGACGAUGGCGUUCGCGGAGGAGAAGGGCCUCAGCCUGGUCACCGUGUGCCCCGUCGUCGUCGUCGGCAGGGCCCCGGCGACAAAGGUGACGACCAGCGUCCCCGAGAUCCUCUCCUUGAUAUCCGGCGACGACGACAUGGUCGACAGACUGGAACUCAUCGAGCAGGCGUCGGGGUCGAUCCCGCUGGUCCACAUCGAGGACGUGUGCCGCGCCGAGAUAUUCGCCGCCGAGGAGGCCACGUCGGGGCGGUACAUCGUCUGCACCCUCAACACCUCCGGCGUGGCGCUCGCCCACUUCCUGGCGGCCAAGUACCCGCAGUACGAAAUCAACACAGAUCACAUUGGUGGUCUUCCGGAAAAGCCCAGGGUGUGCAUUUGGUCGGACAAGCUCGUCAAGGAAGGGUUCCAGUACAAGUACAAUAACCUGGACGAGAUAUACGACGACGUCGUCGUGUACGGCAGGGCCUUGGGAGUCCUUCCAUAUUGACAUGAUGUCCCUCUCCAUUGUGUGAUCUUCUUGGAACAAAACGAUGGAUGUGCUUGCAAUAAAUCCUCUACGGCGUCCUCGAGGCUAAUUUUUUCUCUGUUCUUUUAGCUGUGUUGUUCUUCACUGUCUCGGUUAUGACUGUGACAUUGGUUUGUGUAGUACGUAGUUGUCUCAACAUGGUGGCCUUUGCGUCCGACAUGAUCGAGAUGUGGGGUUUGUGUCAUCUCGAUUUGGGGUUCCAGAUUGUGUUAUCUGUUCAGCCAGGGAUUUAUCUUCAGCUCCUUUGUACUCGGAUGGAUCUAUGAACUCACUUGUCCUGGACUUAA